UGGCCAAGUCCCUCCCGCGCCGGCUCUUGUCCCACUAGGAGCAGCUCAGUGCAGCGGGGACAGGGCGAAGCGGUCUGCGCCCACGGAGCGCACGUUUCUGUUCGCAACGCAGCGCUACCCUUGCCCCCCUCGGCUGCCCACUCCAGACGUCCAACGGCUCAGCGCGCGCACGAUGCCCUCGGCCACCAGCCACAGCGGAAGCGGCAGCAAAUCGUCGGGACCGCCGCCGCCGUCCGGUUCCUCCGGGAGUGAGGCGGCGGCCGGGGCAGCUGCGCCGGCUUCUCAGCAUCCGGCAACCGGCACCGGCGCGGUCCAGACCGAGGCCAUGAAGCAGAUUCUCGGCGUAAUCGACAAGAAACUUCGGAACCUUGAGAAGAAAAAGGGUAAACUUGAUGAUUACCAGGAGCGAAUGAAUAAAGGGGAAAGGCUCAAUCAAGACCAGCUGGAUGCCGUAUCUAAGUACCAGGAAGUCACAAAUAAUUUGGAGUUUGCAAAGGAAUUACAGAGAAGUUUCAUGGCAUUAAGUCAGGAUAUUCAGAAAACAAUAAAGAAGACAGCACGUCGGGAGCAGCUUAUGAGAGAAGAAGCAGAACAGAAGCGCUUAAAAACUGUACUUGAGUUACAGUAUGUAUUGGAUAAGCUGGGAGAUGAUGAUGUGAGAACGGAUCUGAAGCAAGGGCUGAGUGGAGUGCCAAUAUUGUCUGAAGAGGAGUUGUCAUUGUUGGAUGAAUUCUACAAGCUAGUAGACCCCGAGCGGGACAUGAGUUUAAGGUUAAAUGAGCAGUAUGAACAUGCCUCCAUUCACUUGUGGGAUUUGCUGGAAGGGAAAGAAAAGCCUGUAUGUGGAACAACCUAUAAAGCUCUAAAGGAAAUUGUCGAGCGUGUUUUUCAGUCAAACUACUUUGACAGCACUCACAAUCAUCAAAAUGGAUUGUGUGAGGAGGAAGAGGCAGCUUCAGCACCUAUAGUGGAAGACCAGGUAGCUGAAGCUGAACCUGAACCAACGGAAGAAUACACAGAGCAAAGUGAGGUUGAGUCAACAGAGUAUGUCAAUAGGCAGUUCAUGGCGGAAACACAGUUCAGCAGUGGUGAGAAGGAGCAAGUGGAUGAGUGGGCAGUUGAAACAGUUGAGGUGGUAAACUCACUCCAGCAGCAACCUCAGGCUGCAUCUCCUUCAGUACCAGAGCCCCACUCUCUGACUCCAGUGGCUCAAUCAGAUCCACUUGUGAGAAGACAGCGAGUACAAGAUCUUAUGGCACAAAUGCAAGGGCCCUAUAAUUUCAUACAGGAUUCAAUGUUGGAUUUUGAAAAUCAGACGCUUGAUCCUGCCAUUGUAUCAGCACAACCUAUGAACCCUACCCAAAACAUGGAUAUGCCUCAGCUGGUUUGCCCUCAGGUUCAUUCUGAAUCUAGACUUGCCCAAUCUAAUCAAGUUCCUGUACAACCAGAAGCCACACAGGUUCCUUUGGUCUCAUCCACAAGCGAGGGGUACACUGCGUCUCAGCCCCUGUACCAGCCGUCUCAUGCUGCAGAGCAGCGGCCACAAAAGGAGCCCAUUGAUCAGAUUCAGGCAACAAUAUCUUUAAAUACAGAGCAGACUACAGCAUCAUCAUCCCUUCCUGCUGCUUCUCAGCCUCAAGUGUUCCAGGCUGGGGCAAGUAAACCUUUGCAUAGCAGUGGAAUCAAUGUAAAUGCAGCUCCAUUCCAAUCCAUGCAAACGGUGUUUAAUAUGAAUGCCCCAGUUCCUCCUGUUAAUGAACCAGAAACUUUAAAACAACAGAGUCAGUACCAGGCCAGUUAUAACCAGAGCUUUUCCAGUCAGCCUCACCAAGUGGAACAAACAGAGCUUCAACAAGACCAGCUGCAAACUGUGGUUGGCACUUACCAUGGAUCCCAGGACCAGCCUCAUCAAGUGCCUGGUAACCACCAGCAGCCCCCCCAGCAGAGCACCGGCUUUCCACGUAGCAGUCAGCCUUAUUACAACAGUCGCGGUGUAUCUCGAGGAGGGUCUCGUGGUGCCAGAGGCUUGAUGAAUGGAUACAGGGGCCCUGCCAAUGGAUUUAGAGGAGGAUAUGAUGGUUACCGCUCUUCAUUCUCCAACACUCCAAACAGUGGCUAUACACAGUCUCAGUUCAAUGCUCCCCGGGACUACUCUGGCUACCAGCGGGAUGGAUAUCAGCAGAAUUUCAAGCGAGGCUCUGGGCAGAGUGGACCACGGGGAGCCCCACGAGGUCGUGGAGGGCCCCCAAGACCCAACAGAGGGAUGCCGCAAAUGAACACUCAGCAAGUGAAUUAAUGUGAUACACAGGAUUAUGUUUAAUCGCCAAAAACACACUGGCCAGUGUACCAUAAUAUGUUACCAGAAGAGUUAUUAUCUAUUUGUUCUCCCUUUCAGGAAACUUAUUGUAAAGGGACUGUUUUCAUCCCAUAAAGACAGGACUGCAAUUGUCAGCUUCAUAUUACCUGGAAAUGGAAGGAACUAUUCUUACUCUGCAUGUUCUGUCCUAAGCGUCAUCUUGAGCCUUGCACACGAUACUCAGAUUCCUCACCCUUGCUUAGGAGUAAAACAUUAUAUACUUAUGGGGUGAUAAUAUCUCCAUAGUUAGUUGAAGUGGCUUGGAAAAAAAUGCAAGAUUGACUUUUUGACAUUGGAUAAAAUUUACAAUCAGCCCUAGAAUUAUUCAAUGGUAAUUGACAAAGUUUAAAGCAUUUUCCUUGAAAGGAAGAUGGAAGGAGUGGAGUGUGGUUUAGCAAAACAACUGCAUUUCACAGCUUUUCCCAUUAAAUUGGAGCACGGACAGAUUAGAAGCAUACCAAAUUAUGCAUGGGUUCUAAUCACACAAGUGAGGCUGGCUUACACCAGCCCUGUCAUAGCACUCACUAGUCUUCUGGCCAAACGACUGUGAUUGAAAACACAUGUAAAUUGCUCUUUACUAGUGGAUACUGUGUAAGACAAAGCCCAGAUGCAAAUCAGGCUUUGACUGACUCUUCUGGAAGAUAUGCAUCAAAUAUGGGGUAUAAUCUGGAUGGGCUGCCUCUGUGCUCAAUGUGAAUUAUUUAGAUACCUUUUGAACACUUUAACAGUUUCUCUGAAACAAUGACUUACAUGAGGAUUGGUCCUCAC